UCCCCCCACACCACCAAAGCCUCAAACGCCCACGUUGGAGCAGUAGCAGCAGCAAAGAGCCGGAGCCCUCCAGCCGUCCGAUCUUCCGACGCAGACGGAUCCGAUGGCCCUCGCUCUCUCCGGCUCCGCUGCUGCCCGCGCGCUCGCCCAGCGGCUGGCCCCGGCCACCGCCAGGGGCUACGCGGCGGCGGCCUCCUCCGGGGCGAUGAGGCGCGGCGCCGCGGCGGCCGCGGACGGGAAGGCGGCCAGGGAGGCCGAGAAGGUCGCGGCCGACGCCUCGUGGGUGCCCGACCCCGUCACCGGCUACUACCGCCCCGCCAACCGCGCCGCCGGCGCCGACCCCGCCGACCUCCGCGCCGCGCACCUCGGACAGACCUACGCACGGGCCUAAAGCCCCGCUCCGCUUGACCCUCCUGGUCCCGCCAUGGAAAACAAAACUGCUACGUUACGUAACGAGGGAAGAGGCAGGCGUGGCUCUUUCGCCGAGCGCCGCGCGCCGCGCGCGGCUUAACGACGCAUCAAUCAUCAUCAUCGAUCCUAUACUACGGGGGAGAUGCAGCCUGGGUGUUUCCCAUUGUGUGUGCGUGCGUGCGUGCGUCUGGGCAGCUGGGCUUGGAUGCCCUGCUAUAGUGUUGGUGUGCUCAGAUCAGAUGUAUUUCUCGUCGAGCAGGGCUUGUACCUUUUAUUUUUAUUUUAUUUUCAAAACAGAGGCAAAGGUUGCCUCAUCUAUUAAUUAAGCAGAAAAAAAAUAAUUAUGGAAAA